UCGUUAUCUUCUUUUGUUAAGCUCUAGAGUGCACGGUGCUCUGCCAACUCUGUUUGCUUCAACUGUGCGGGAAUGGCAUCGAGAGAGAACUCGAAGGCCACAAUUCCGACUUUUGUACCUAGCUGCGUCUUGGUCUCAUCGUGGAUUGCUCAAAAUCCAUUUCUCAGAACUUUAAAGCCGAAUCUUGCAUCUCAAAAUAGUGUGAUACGUGAGCUUCAUUCCUCACUCACUUCGACGGCUGAAAAAUGCUUGAGGUUCCUUCAUUUGUUCGCCUCUGAAAAUCCUAUUCUCAAGAGAAUAGACACUUUCUCUUCUGAUUUUAGCCGCCAUCUCACUCAGGUUCAAUGCAGGGACUAUAGGAAUCGAAACUCUCUGUCCAAUCACAACUUUGCUGCAGUAUUACCGGGAGAUUCAGUGGCAGGGAUUGUGGUAACUAAUGGCAUUCUCAAUUUUCUGAAUAUAUACAACACGCUUUUGAUUGUAAGGCUGGUUUUGACCUGGUUUCCUAACUCUCCUCCUGCCAUUGUUAGUCCCCUCAGCACUUUGUGUGAUCCCUAUUUGAACAUAUUCCGCGGAAUCAUUCCACCACUGGGAGGGACAUUGGAUCUUUCUCCAAUUCUAGCAUUCCUGGUACUAAAUGCCUUUACUAGUGCUGCUGCUGCACUUCCCGCUGAAAUGCCAAAAACAGAAGCUCCUCAAGGAAGUUGUACUCCGCUUACAAUGUUCCCUAAUUUCACUACAUCACAGAAGAAAUGGAUGAGAAGGCUCUAUGGGAACAAGCCACAGAGAUCCACUGGUUCCAAUUAGGCCAUUAUCAUUAUAGUCUUCUUGGCAUACACCUUGCUUUUUUUUUUUGUAGCAUCUGAAUACUGUAUAGUCUUCUUCCAGGGCUGAUAAUUACUUCAGCUUUCCGCUAUUAUUAAUAUUAAUUUUACAUUCUUUUUCGUGGAUAA